AUGCCUGCCUCUCUCGCAGUUAACAAUGUUCAUGCCAGCCUCUCGCUUGAUCCCCCAAAAUGGAGUAAAAAAACUCAAAAGAAAUCAAGCGAAGUUUACAUCAAUCACAUCUCACAAAAGCUGAAUAGACUGAGCUUCUAUGGUUCAAAAGCAAAUGACGAAGGUCCAGAUCGAUUGGCAUGGAUGAUAGUUAGAGACUUGAGCGAUAUCUUUCACAGCGGCAGAAUUGAGUUUGAGAAAGCAUGGGAUAAAUAUAUGGUAAAAGAUAGGUUUUCAAGGAAAAACUCCAAUCUACCCAAUAUUUUGCCAGAGGAAGAAGAGAUAUUAGGGACUUUAUACAACUGGUUGAAAGGGGGCCGACAUGGUUGGUCAAAGUAUCAGCGUGAUCUUACACAACAAUGGGCGGUUUCUCGAGUCAGAAAAUUAAAAGAGUUCAAGAUGACAAAAGGAACUGUUAGAGUUGCAGUAGAUUUCCAUACCUUUGCAAUGGCUUGGCAUUGUUCCCGUGUUUAUGAUUCAAUCGGCGUUGGGUUCCGUGUUACUAACGAUUUCGAAGCAUACGCGUUGGCAAUUUCCAGAAGUUGUCAUUGGCAACCUCGUGGAUUUGAAGACCACAGUAUUAUUGAAGUGAUAGAAAAGACUCCUAUAUGGAGGAAAUCAGAUAAUUGUGCAACUUCUGAAGAAUAUCUGAAAGUACUUAUGGCUAUGGAAAAUCCACACUCAGCACCCCCUCUAGAAAUUUCUCCAAAGUUAGGCCAGUAUGAUGUUGAUUCAUGCUACUUAGAUAUACUCAACAAGUUCAAUCAUCUUUCUCAGAUUCUCAACCUGUCAUUCAUCCAUGAAGACACAACAGAUGAUGAAGACCUUAAAUUCUUAAUGGAAGCCUUUCAAGAUUUUUGUGGCUAUUUCUUGAGGGGAAAUCCUUUUGACAACUCAUUCAAAUAUCAUCAGCUUGUGUUUAGGAUUGGCUCCAAAGUCAGGGAUUAUCUUGGGAUUAGGACAGAGAAGCUAUCUGGCUCCACUAUUGAAAAAUCUGGAAUGGCUAUGAGCAAAAAACAAUCCAAAUCUUCUGAAAAAACAUUGAUUGAAGAAAUUGAAGCUUUCUAUUGCAAGACCCGCUUAGUGAUGCGCCAUGUGGAAGAGUUCUCUCAAACUGUAAAGCAAAAAGGAUUUAUUUCAGUGUUCCACCCAAAACCCCGUGCCAGCCUAGCACAACUCCGUCAUUUAGACUUCAAUGAAGAGGCUGUUGUCUACAAUAUCAACAAACAACUGGAGAUCCAUGAGUUCCCUGCUUCUAUUCAACAUAGCAUGCUGGGAAUAAUGGGGAACAAGCAUUACUCCUUUGAAAAUCUGAAGGAAUCAUUGCUACCAAGCAUCAGAGAAGCUGGACAGACACAGCUAGAGGCUGUUGAGACCUUUUAUGAAAACCUGGAAUUUCUGGUAUCAAAGAUGAAGAACAAAUCCACUCCUUUAAUUGUAUGGGAACAAGUCUUCCUGGCAGUGAAGCAGGAACUCUCAUCUUCAAGUAGUGAAAAUGCUGAUAAGCUCAUUAAAGUGUUGAAACAUGGUCAUCUUAUCCGCAGAAACAUACCUGUAUUACAUCACAUUUAUCUUCAAUUGCAAAAGGCUGAUCACUGGAGAAACUCAAAAUCGUGA